GCGAAUAUGGGCGUCUCGCGACUCAGUACCACCCCGCCUGCCGAGCUGCCGCUCGAGCGCGCCAGAAGACCCCACCUGUUGAUCGUCGACGACUCGAGGGAAACGCGCGCGAGCGAAGGAGCGUGGCCCCCGGAAGGCUUGGAGUCCCAGACGGGCGUCCGCGGCAGUACGGUAGACUACGCCGCGGCGCUGCUGCUGGCGGCUAUGGCUGCCGUCUUGUUAGCCGCCGUGGGGUACCAAUGUGCAGCCACGUGGCGGUGGCUAAUGGGCAGGAGCAGACGGGAAUCUGAGGACAGCAACUGCGACUCCCUGUCCCGACAAGCAGCCAUCCGCAUCAGCCACUCCCUCCCUGAUCUGCAGACGGAGCCUCUCAAGCAGGAGUACGUACAGGAACACAAGGAUCAAGGGAAAAAGGUCCUACGUCAGACCACUCUCCCGAUCGUGCCAACCCGCCAUCAGACCUUCCAGAGACAGCUCUCGCAUCGUCUAGAUCUGCCCUCUAUACAGUUUAGCAUCUGUAGUCUGGAACGAGCAGACUCCUCCAUUGGACUUAUAAAGCCGGAGUUGUACAAGAAUGAGCUGGUUCGCCAAUCAUCAACCGACAGUGCAGAAUUGGAGUUCUGUGGCAAGCUGCAUUUCGCUCUCAAGUAUGAUCAGGAGGUCGAAGCUCUGGUAGUCAAGAUCUUCGAAGCACGUGACCUGCCGAUCAAGGACGUGACAGGCAGCAGUGACCCGUACAUCAAGGUGUUCCUGUUGCCCGACCGCAAAAAGAAAUUCCAGACUAAAGUCCACCGCAAGAACCUGAAUCCUGUCUUCAACGAGACUUUCCUCUUCAGCGUUCCGUACGAAGAACUCCGUCAACGCUAUCUCCAGUUCUCCGUGUACGACUUCGACCGGUUCAGCCGACACGACCUGAUCGGCCACGUGGUGCUGAAGGGCCUCCUUGAGUCAGCAGACCUGGUGCAGGAGAUAGAGUAUACUAUGAACAUCUUAGCAGCGCCACAGGAAAAGAAAGAUUUAGGAGAACUGAUGCUCUCACUAUGCUAUUUGCCCACGGCUGGGCGACUCACGGUCACCGUUAUCAAAGGAAGAAAUCUUAAAGCGAUGGACAUCAAUGGAUCUUCAGAUCCUUACGUGAAAGUCUGUCUCAUCUGCCAAGGGAAGAGAAUCAAGAAGAAGAAGACUACGGUUAAGAAGAAUACCUUGUGCCCUGUCUACAAUGAGGCGUUGGUAUUUGACCUGCCCGCUGACAACGUGUUUGACGUCACGCUUCUGGUCAAGGUCAUAGAUUAUGACAUGAUAAGUCCCAACGAGCUGAUAGGCUGCACAGCGAUCGGCUCCAGCCUGAUCGGCAUCGGCCGCGACCACUGGCUGGAGAUGCUGGACAAUCCGCGGAAACCCGUCGCCCAGUGGUACCCCCUGAACAAGAGCCCACCAGCGAAUGUCGUACUGCCGGCCAAUGAUCACCAGAAUGGAACCCUGAGCUGCUUAAAUGGAAGAUGAAGAGACUAAUAUUAUACGAACAAGAUUGACAAUCUAUUUACUGGAUGGCUUGGCGUGGCCUCAGAUAGUGACGGCCGUACUCUCUCGAUGCCAAAUAUUUAGCCGUGAUUAGAGAUUAAUUAUUGGUUGUAUGUCCAUUUACUGUAGCAAGUCGGAAUCUAUGUAAGUGAUAUUGAAGUAGACUUAGAGAAUAGAUAUAUGUUCAAGUAGAUGAUGAAUUUAUCCCGUAAAUAUUCGUUUGAAGUUAGUCGAAUGGUAUCAUUUAGUAGCAGUAGUAAUUGAAAAUGUACCCCAAAAAAUAUGUUACGUCAAAUUGUUUCAUCAAACCCAUUGACUGUCUCCUUGCUUACCUUAACAUCUUAACCUGCUUUAGUUAAAUUUUAUAUGAUAAAAUAGAUCUUACUACCUAAUAUACACUGUUACUUCUAUACAUUUUAUAUUUAUAUACUUAUAUAUCUAAAUACGCACAUCUCAAAUUCAAGACUUGAUCGUGUCAUGUACAUACAUUGUAAUUGUAAUUAUCAUAAAUGUUGUAUACUUGUUGUCGUUUAUAAUAUAAUAAAUAUAUGAGCUGCUACUAUCUAAUUUCAAGGUAAAAGCAUCAUAUCAAUGAUAAGUGUUUUUAUGAUUGCGAUACUAAAACUAAAUCAUUAAAAAUAUCAAAUUGUUUGUAAAAAUAAAAUGGUGAAUGUAUCGGACAUUCUUUUAGUGUUGGACAAUAAUAUAGACGGGUUUCGAGAAUGAAAAAUAUAUGAUUUAUACUUAAUGCACAAUAUAAAAACUUGUUAUGUAUGUUACAAUCUUUGUAAUAUGAAAAUGAAGCUUUAAAUCGUGUUAAAAUUAUAAAUAUUAAAAAUUGUAUUUAUCGGAGUAUACUCAGAUUAUGAUCUAACAUUGUUAAACUGUCACAUGUAUAAGAACAGGCAUUUCAAUUUGAUUGAGAUGCAUUUUGAAAAUAUUAUUGUUUCAUUGAACUU